GUAAUCAAAGGUCCAAGGUUUAGAAAAAUGCUGAACAUUUAUUGUCAGAAACUGUGGUAGCAGUCAGGAGUGUGCAGCAGCAGUCUGACUCUGCCAUGAUGGGAAGACUCACAGCGGCUAUAUUUGUCCUGCUGGUUUCAUGUGUCUGCAGGACAUCAGGACUUACAGGAUGUGAAGGAUACUGUGGGAGAGCAUUAAGCUCGUGUUCCUGCCAGCCCACAUGUGCAUCUCUGAAGACCUGCUGUGCAGAUUAUAAAGAGUACUGUGUGAGCACCCUUCCAUAUUCUGGGACCAUUUUGGGUGGAACAGAUUUUGUUGUCCUUGAUGCAACUUUCAAUGCAAGUUCUGAGGUUGUAUGCAGGUUUGACAAUAGUACUGAUACUGUGGGGUAUGUGGAUGACACCGGUAGAGGCCAUUGUAUCUCCCCAACGUUAUAUGAAACAGGAUGGGUUUCUUUGAAAAUCUCCUCAGAUAACGGCACGACGUUCAAUAGAGUUGGAUCUUGGCUCUCAGUUCACACCGGCAAAUUAGAUUCUAAAUUCAAGGCGAUUCUGGUCAACUCAACAAAAUGGCAGUACUAUGGCACGCCUAAUGUUGGAGGCUCUCUGGAGAUGACAUGGGACAUCUCUUUAGUCGGAGCGGACAGAGUCAAUAUAGAGCUCUGGGGAUACACUGAGACAGGGGAGCCCUAUUCAGACAACUGGCAGGGUCGAUGGGAGUAUCUGUACUCACUUGCGAAGGAUCAACCCAACAAUGGCUCCUUUAGGUUUGUGCCCCAACCAGCAGCAAACGGAUUUUCAAGCUGGGAGCUCGGAUCUGUGCGCGUCAGCCCCAGCACCUACCCUGAUGGCACAUGGAAUGUCCAGGCUGCUUGGACUGAAGAUCACGCUCUGGCCUGGCAUCUGGAGGAGAAGUUCAGGCUGGAUUCGGCAGGUUGGGCCCUGGAGAAAUGUUUAGCGUGGGACCAGCUGGAAGAAAAGCUGCCCAACUUCCUCGAUGAAAUCAUAGACUGUCCCUGCACCUUGGCUCAAGCCAGAGCAGACACCGGGAGGUUUCAUACCGACUAUGGCUGUGAUAUAGAGAAAGGAAGUGUGUGCACCUACCACCCUGGGAGUGUUCACUGUGUGAGGGCGAUACAAGCCAGCCCGAAGUAUGCAGCAGGACAGCAGUGUUGUUAUGACAAGACCGGCGUUCAGGUCCUGACAGAGGACUCAGUCGGGGGCAGCACUCCAGACCGAGCACACGACUGGGGCUCACCUCCCUUCAAGAAACCUCCUCGAAUCCCCGGACUGUCCCAUUGGAUCUAUGACGUCCUCAGCUUCUACUACUGCUGCCUCUGGUCUGAUAACUGCAAUUACUACUUCAAGCAUCGGCCCUCCAGCGACUGCAGACGUUACCAAUCACCCAGUUCAGCUGUGGUGUUCGGAGAUCCCCACUUCAUAACAUUUGAUGGUGUCAGCUACUCCUUCAAUGGUAAAGGAGAAUACACUUUGGUGACUUCAGAGGAGACACAGCUGGUAAUCCAGGGCAGAACAGAGCCUGUGGAAGGAACCACGCUAAACGCAACAACGUUGACGUCUGUAGUCAUGACAGACCUUUACUCAGAUGUUAUUGAGGUGCGGCUGGCCAGUGGUCACCAUAGCCUCGAAGUGCUGCAUAAUCAAAGAACUCUGUCCUUCUCUGAGCAGAGCUGGAUGGACUUCCGCGGUGUGUUUGUGUUUUGUCCCACCUCUACCAAUGUGACCGUGAUGUUCGGCUCUGGAGCCGGGGUGGAAGUGCGACUGAGAGAAGGAACCAUGACGACCACUGUGCUCCUGCCAGAGGAGUUUAAAAACUCCACUCUAGGACUGUUAGGAACGAUGAACGGUGACGCCAAAGAUGACCUCCUUUCCAGCAGCGGUCAGCUCGUCCAGGACUACAGCAGUCCAGAGGAAGUGUUCGAGUUCGGGGCGAGCUGGGCCGUCCUAAAUAAAUCUGCCUUGUUCACAUAUGAUUCCGACUACCUUCUGAAUGAGUAUAAGUUCGUUCCCAGACACGACGACACAUUUAUUCCACAGUUUACAGUUCCUGAGAACCCGGAUGAUCCACUGGCCAAUCUGACAGCUGAGAUAUGCUCUGGAGAAGGUUCUCAGUUCUGUAGGUAUGAUAUCCUGGUAGGUCGUAGUCCACAGAUGGGGAAUGCCACCAGAGUGUCCUUCCAGAGUCACGUUACUCUUAUGAAUGAUCUAAAACCAGUGGUAACCUGUGGGUGGGUUUCACCACCGACUAACGGGGCAAAGGAGGGAACCACCUACCUUCGAGGGGCAGUGGUGAAGUUUUCCUGUGACGACGGCUACACUCUGAAAGGAUCGGCAGAGCGAACGUGCCAGAGCAGUGGCCAGUGGUCUGGAGAGGAGGCAACCUGCGUGACUCCCAGUAAAAUUCCAGGAAUCGUGGCUGGUUCAGUCAUCGGAGCCGUGACACUGAUUAUAAUUAUAACAACACUGGUGCUCCACUCCAGAAAACAGAAAAGAAAACAUACAGAAGAACACUCCUGGGAUCCAGAAGAACACUAACCAAAAUCCCUACUGAAAUAUUUUACAUUUUCUUAUCUUGUGAAAAAAAAUCUUUGCCAAAAUUAGCUAUCACCUUUCAUUUGAUGCAGAGACCUAAACAAAACUGACAUAAAUACCAGCUUAGAUAAAUAGCAGAUUGCAUUAUUCUUAGAAACUUCACGUGUCCAUUGCUAGUAUUAGAGACAGACGUUUCAGAUAAGAUGUUUUUAUUUUCAUUGUAAACCUUGACUACCCACAUAUAUAACAUAAGGUUGAGCAAAGGUCCCUGCAUAGUUAAAGAGUAACUGCACAACAUUGCAAAACUAGUAUUACUGCCUAUAGAUAUGUUGCAUUUUAAAAGUUUGUGUGUUCAUCUCCUUUGGUGUAAGUCAUUUAGCUACUCUGCUUCAUUUAGAAGCACACUGUCUGCUAAGUUUACAAUUUUACUGAUAAAACUCCAAUGAAAUGCUACUUGUUGCUGUGGAAACACUCCGUCAUCGUUAAUGUUAUUAAGUAAAGCUCUCAGGUAAUAUGUACUGUAAACGUGUUUGGUUUUUUGGACAAUAAAGUCAUUCAGAUAUCGUG